UCGAGCUCUUUCCUCCACUGUAUUUUGGCUUCAAACCAGCGACGGCGGCGGUCGUAAAUCUCUAAGCCAUUUGGUGUAAACAAGGAGUGAAUCUAACUCUCAUGGCGACGCAAGCCAGUAGAAGAUCCAAGCCCAACAUUCUGGUCACAGGUACGCCAGGAACCGGAAAAACUACUACCUCCUCUGCGUUAGCAGAUGCCACGCAACUCCGUCACAUAUGUAUUGGCGACCUCGUCAAAGAGAAGAACUUACACGACGGAUGGGACGACGAAUUGGACUGCUAUAUCAUCAACGAAGACCUCGUAUGUGAUGAGCUUGAGAAUAUGAUGGAAGUGGGUGGAAAUAUUGUCGAUUAUCAUGGUUGUGAUUUCUUUCCCGAGCGUUGGUUUGAUAUUGUUGUGGUACUUCAAACUGAGAACUCUGUGCUCUAUGAUCGCUUGACAAAGAGAGGAUACUCUGGUUCAAAGCUUAGCAACAAUCUUGAAUGUGAAAUAUUUCAAGUUUUGCUGGAGGAAGCUAAAAGUAGCUACUCAGAAGACAUUGUGAAGCCAUUGAAUAGUAAUACAAUUGAUGAGAUAAGUUCGAAUGUUGACACUUUGACAACAUGGGUACACAACUGGCAAACAAAUGUCUAAUUAUACUGUAAGUCUUAUCAUUCUCAUGCUGCUCAUUCAAGGUAAAAAUAGUAUAUUAUAACUUAUAAGCCUGUGUGCUGGUCAUAUUUAGUUGAUUUCUCUUUGGAGAUACAUUUGUUGUUUUUAAUGACUUGAAGUAUAGAUGUUUAUUUUGAUGAAAAGAGCAUGAUGUGCAUCAUCUUUUCUUAUUAUUAU